AUGGUAGUACAAAGAAAAGGAAAAGAGACCACAAGCCGGACCAAGGAGCCCUGUGCGCUUGUUGUAGCGUUGGACGUGGGUACAGAAUACUCGGGCUGGGCGUAUUCCUCGCGGGAAGACUUCCGGUGCGACCCCGCCAAGGUCUGCACGAGGACAUGGCAAGGAGGAGCCAUAAUCAGCCUUAAAGCACCAACGUGUGUUCUGCUGUCGGAGGACGGACGGACGCUGGAGAAGUUUGGGUACGAGGCGGAGACGGCGUACGCGGAGCUGCUCGAGAAGAACGAACACGAGAAGUGGCUCUACUUCCGCCACUUCAAAAUGGCUCUCUGGAAUCAGAAUGUGACUCGGGAGAUGACGAUUGCUGCCGAGAACGGUCGGGAGGUUCCGGCAUUGACCGUGUUUGCUCUUACAAUCAGGCAUUUGGCGGAGGACGCGCUAGUGACGCAUAAAUCUCGGGGCGGCACGGCAGUUCAAUCUGAUGUGCGAUGGGUGGUGACUGUCCCCGCCAUCUGGAGCGACGCCGCCAAGCAGAUGAUGCGUGAGGCGGCAGAAAUGGCUGGUCUGCCUCUCCAGAACUUUCUUCUGGCACUUGAACCGGAAGCAGCGUCCAUGUAUGCGCGUCACGUUACCAGAGAGACGUCUGCAGAUGCUAGAAGUACAUUUGACGUCGGAAAACAGUACAUCGUGGUUGACGCUGGAGGGGGCACAGUGGAUAUCACAGUCAACGAGACGGCAGCAGACGGCAGCGUACGAGAGAUCCAUCGGCCAACAGGGGGCGACUGGGGAGGGGCGCGGGUCAACCAAACCUUCUUCAAACUACUUGAAGAAAUGACUGGAAUCCCCGUAAAAGAAAGCAUGUCCAAAUCCUACAUGUUGGACUACCUGGAGCUGUACCGGGAGUUUGAGGUCCGGAAGCGGGAGACUCGGGCUACGUCGGAUACCUCCGUCACCAUCCGUCUCCCUCAGGCGCUCAGCAAACUUGUCCUCAGGGAGAAAGGCGUCUCCCUGAUGGAGGUGUUGCAGUCCUCUCCGUGUAGCGAUCAGAUACAGCUGGUAGAAGACCGGCUACGACUCUCGCAUGACGUAGUGGAACACCUUUACCAACCUUCUAUCACCCAGAUAGUGAAACAUCUUUCCAACCUCACGCAGCGACCGGAAGUGUGCCAUGCGAAAUCCAUCGUCCUCGUGGGCGGAUUCGCCAACUCGGCGCUACUACAGGAAACAAUAAGCGCAACAUUUCCGGACUACCGUAUCAUUAUCCCUGAUAAGCCCGACCUGGCUGUACUCAUCGGAGCAGUUAUGUUUGGUCAUAAUGACGGCUGGAUUGCGGAGCGAAUAAGUAAACUAACGUAUGGGAUAUCAGUUCAUAGCGCUUUUGAUAACAAACGUCAUCCGGCGUCUAAACGCGUGGUACGGGAAGACGGUGAAAUACGUUGUAAAGACGUUUUCGAUAAAUACGUCAUACUCGGACAGACGUUACGUGUGAACGACGUGCAGAGCAUGGAGACGUAUAACGUCUACGAGUCGAACAGUUCUCACAUGGAUAUCACGGUGUACUGCAGCUCGGAGAAGAAUCCGGUGUUUGUGACUGACAAGGAUUGUAAGAAAGUCGGUAAACUGACGUUACCGCUUACUGGUUCCGGUAGACAAAGGGAGAUAACCGUGAGCAUGAUAUUCGGCGGGAGUGAAAUUACAGUAGAAGCUACAGAAGAGGCUACCAAAAACAUUUGCAAAUUAAAAAUAGAUUUUUUAUGA